AUGGAGCCCCGAGUUCGUGAUUUCCCAGACCCGGAAAAACAGGCCAAACCGCUGCCGGAUGGAUCAACCACGGAGGAUGGGGAUCUCACGCGAGAGCCGACUCCACGAGUGAACCUCGAGAGAAUCCCGACAUACCUGCAGCCACCAAUAUCGGUGCGAGAACGUCUACGGCACUUCACGUUUGCAUGGUACACCGUCACCAUGUCGACUGGUGGUAUUGCCCUCACCCUGAGCCUGACGCCUCAUCGGUUCCGUGGACUCGACACAAUAGGCCUCAUUGUGUUCCUCUUCGACCUGGUCUGCUUCAUCCUCAUCACCGCAUGUCUACUCCUGCGGUUCCUGCUUUACAAGCACACUUUCUCAAAGACUCUCACACACCCCAAGGAGGCCCUCUUCGUGUCCACAUUCUUCCUGUCCAUCGCCGCACUCCUGUCCAACGCAGAAAAGUACGGCAGCUUGUUUCUCUCCACGAGUGCCCAGGACGGCCUCGCUGUGUUCCACCGCAUAAUGUAUUGGCUUUAUCUCGCCGUCACCUUCCUCGUCUCGGUGAUCCAGUACCACCUCCUCUUCACCGUCAAGGAGCAGCGCCGUCUCCAAGCGCACGCUAUGACGCCAGCCUGGAUCCUGCCGAUAUUCCCCGUCAUGCUUGCCGGUACUAUCGCAGCCUUCGAUUCGCAGACGCAAACGCCGGCACAAGCACUAGCCAUGAUCACUUCUGGCCUUGCGGCGCAGGGGCUGGGGUUCAUGGUCUCCAUCUUCAUGUACGCGACAUACCUAAGCAGGCUGAUGGUAUAUGGCCUGCCUGCUCAGCGCCCUGGAAUGUUCAUCGCUGUCGGUCCUCCGAGUUUUACCUGUGCCGCGUUGGUCUCCAUGGCGGACGACGUGCCGAGGAUCUUCGCGGCCCAGGUGCCCGUCAUCGAGGGCAUGGUCAGCCCAUCAGUGCUAGCUGAUGGUGUAAGGCUGGCGUCGCUGUACUGCUCGCUAUUCCUGUGGGGGCUGAGUUUCUGGUUCUUCACGUCCGCGCUGAUGGCCGUGGUCGCGGGCAUGCCCGACAGGAAGUUCCAUCUCAGCUGGUGGAGUUUUGUGUUUCCAAACGCAGGCUUCACCAUCUCAACGAUCAGGGUUGCCAGUGCUGUGGGCAAUGAGGGGCUGUUAUGGUUCAGCACGGUCAUGACCAUCGUUCUGGUUGUGGUCUGGCUGUUCAUCGCAUGGAGGUGUGCUUAUGCAGUGGUGCAGCGGGAAAUUGUCUGGCCAGGCCAUGAUGAAGACUCGGACUAG